CUGCGCCUGCGCAGUGACAGUAGUCCUUGGCUUGAUCGGCCUGUUGUAGGUUACAGAACCGGCAAGGGGACGCAGACAAAAUGCAGAGCUGGACGCAGUUAUACCGCUCCUUGGCCACGCGGAGCCACCACCUGCCCUGCAAGCUGCACGGCGCCUCGGCGCUGUCCGUCAGAACCUACGCCGACAAAGCAGCAAUUCAUGCAGACGUCACGGUGGUGGGCGCGUCCGGCGGCUACGUCGCCGCCAUCAAAGCCGCACAGCUCGGCUUCAAGACAGUGUGUGUUGAGAAGAAUGCCUCGCUGGGCGGGACCUGUCUGAACGUCGGCUGCAUCCCCUCCAAGGCUCUGCUGAACAACUCCUACCUGUACCACAUGGCUCAUGGCAAGGACUUCGAAAGCAGAGGCAUCGAAAUUUCAGGCCUGACGUUGAACCUUGAGAAGAUGAUGGCUCAGAAGAGCGGAGCGGUCAAAGCCCUGACCGGAGGGAUCGCACAUCUAUUCAAACAGAACAAAGUGACCCACGUCAGCGGUUUCGGGAGGGUGACGGGUAAGAACCAGGUGACGGCCGUGGCGGCCGACGGCAGCGAGCAGGUCAUCAACACCAAGAACAUCCUGAUCGCCACCGGCUCCGAGGUCACGCCCUUCCCCGGCAUCACGAUCGAUGAGGACAGCGUCGUGUCGUCUACGGGAGCUCUGUCCCUGAAGAAGGUCCCCGAGGAGAUGAUUGUGAUCGGAGCCGGAGUCAUCGGGGUGGAGCUGGGGUCCGUGUGGCAGCGUCUGGGCUCUAAAGUCACAGCCGUGGAGUUCCUGGGCCACGUGGGCGGCAUGGGCAUCGACAUGGAAAUGUCCAAGACCUUCCAGCGCGUCCUGCAGAAGCAGGGACUCAAGUUCAAGCUCGGCACCAAAGUCCUGGGGGCCACCAAGAGGCCCGACGGCAAGAUCGACGUGGCGUGAGUACCACGCUCCUCAGAGUCUGGAUUAAGAACGGACCUGACGUGCGACGUGCUGCUCGUCUGUAUCGGCCGACGGCCGUUCACGGAGAACCUGGGUCUGGAUUCUGUCGGCAUCGAGCUGGACAACCGGGGCCGCAUCCCCGUCAACAACCGCUUCCAGACCAAAGUACCCAGCAUUUACGCCAUCGGUGACGUGGUUGCCGGGCCGAUGCUGGCCCACAAGGCCGAGGACGAGGGUAUCAUCACGGUGGAGGGCAUGGCCGGCGGCGCCGUGCACAUCGACUACAACUGCGUCCCCUCGGUCAUCUACACGCACCCCGAGGUGGCCUGGGUGGGCAAGACAGAGGAGCAGCUCAAAGAGGAGGGCGUCCCGUACAAAGUCGGCAAGUUCCCGUUCGCAGCCAACAGCCGAGCGAAGACCAACGCCGACACGGACGGCAUGGUGAAGAUCCUCAGCCACAAGGACACGGACCGGAUGCUGGGAGCCCACAUCGUAGGAACGGGCGCCGGGGAGAUGAUCAACGAGGCGGCGCUGGCCAUGGAGUACGGAGCGUCCUGCGAAGACAUCGCCAGAGUCUGCCACGCCCAUCCUCGGUGUCGGGGCCUUCAGAGAGCCAACCUGGCCGCCUCUUUCGGCAAAGCCAUCAACUUCUGAGCCGCUGUGCGCACCUCAGUGUACAUAAGAGAAGGAAACACCCCCCCCCCCCCCGGCUCCUCCUCCACCGGACUGCACCACGCUCAGCUCAGAUGUUAUUUAAAUGUUCAAUAAAACCAUAAAGGAGGGGAUUGGGCGCUGACUGCAGAUCAGUCUUUAUUACUUCCCAAAACACACACACGCAGUUUUAAAAGACCCCUGAAGAGCAUAUUUGAUUCACUCAUUACACCACAUAGAGAUAUUAUUAUUAUUAUUUAGGCCGGGUGUCUGCGGUUUCUCUUGUAAAGGAAGAAAUAAAGUGCUUUUGUUUCUGUUUUUUACAGAAUUUAACUCAUAAAAUAUGUAAUCAAAGCAGGAAACUUUAAUUUUUAAAUUGGCUCUUAACCCUGGUGUUGUCCUCGGGUCAAACUGACCGGUUUCUACCUGUUUUAUAUCAGAAAUAUGGAUUUCUUUCAACCAACUUGCCCAAAAAUAACAUGGAUGAUUCCAUACAACGUUCUUCAGGUACUUUCAUUGAAUUUUUCGGGUGUUUUAUUUAAUGUUAUAGCAUUUGGAUUCUUUUUCUAAUGGUUUUAAAACAGUAUCGGGACUAAACUUUGACAUCGACCCAUCUGAGAUCCUCUCAACAUCCUCUGAUCUUAACUAUCAGUCACAAUAAUUCAUAAUUUCUGCCUUUUUAACUAAAAACGUGCAUAUAAUUUGAAACAAAUGAGGUUUGUUGACAAUGAAUUCCAAGAAUAAAUGUAAAACCGGUUAUUAAACCAGCUCAGGUUUUUAAAAAAAAAAAAGCA